UCCAGUUCAGUUCAGUUCAGUUCAGUUCAGUUCAGUUCAGUUCAGUUGCUGUUCACUUCCCCCACCCGCGGGGUCGCCUUCCACCCUUUUACCUUACUCACGACCACCGAGCCUCUGGACAAUCGCAAAGCCUGUCCGACUAAGUUUACACCAAGUCAGCCAACUAUGGACGGCCUUGGAGACAGCGACAAGUGCGCCUCGGGCUCGACCUUCCCACCGUCAUCAGAUUCUAGCUGCCAGGACUCCCAAGGCAGUUCCUCUCUUUACGCCACCUUGACGACCAUAGCCGCGAUGCCUUUGCUCUACUUCUUUCUGGUGCCAUGGUUUUGGCAGGCAAUAGGAUCGGCUUUGGGCUGGUACCUCAAGCGUAAAACUGAAGGCCGUCGAGCUCAGCUGCUCGAGAUCAUGAACGAGGACGAGCGUCGAUUCGUGGAGCGUGGACAGGAGAGGAAGAAAUCCGUUCCGGACCAGGACUGGGAGAGUAUUGAAACGCCUGCGGGAAGCGCCGACAAUGGCGGUAAGGGCGCGCAAGAAUGGGAUGGAAUCGUAGGAUUCUUUCACCCUUUCUGCAAUGCUGGAGGUGGUGGUGAACGAGUCCUGUGGGCCGCCAUUCGAGCCACGCAGCAGAAGUGGCCGAAAGCCAAGUGUAUAGUCUACACUGGCGAUCACGAGGUCAACAAGGAGGCCAUACUUUCUAGGGUCGAGAGCCGAUUUAAUAUCAUCCUCCACCCACCGACAGUACAGUUCCUGUAUCUCUCGACCAGGCAUUGGGUUCUCGCAUCAACCUGGCCUCACUUUACCCUCGCCGGGCAGUCAUUUGGCUCGAUAAUCAUGGCGUGGGAUGCCUUCUCUCUGCUUGCGCCAGACAUCUUCGUUGACACCAUGGGUUACGCGUUUGCCCUGGGUCUUUGCAGGUGGCUCUUCCGUACCAUGCCCACGGGCGCUUACGUUCAUUACCCGACCAUCUCGACCGAUAUGCUCGAUUCUUUGAAUCCUCAGUCCGCCGUAGGUUCUCAAGGAGUCAAUGCUGGCCAGGGCGUUGGAACCCGUGGUAGGGUAAAGAAGUUGUACUGGGAGCUAUUUGCGAAAAUAUACUGUCGGAUGGGUGCUACGAUUGACGUUGUGAUGACCAACUCGACCUGGACUCAAAACCACGUACAGAAGCUUUGGGGACCACUCCGUAACAAGAGGAGAAAUGGCCGUCCCAACAACGCUGUCGCGGUGGUUUAUCCACCCGUGGCUGUCCGCGAGCUCGAGCAAGAAGUAGAGGUAUCCGUAGACAGUGAGAGCAGACGCGAGAAGGCACUGGUGUAUAUUGCACAGUUCAGGCCUGAGAAGAACCAUCAGCUCAUUAUACAGGCGUUUGCUGAGUUCGUCAAGAGCGGUUCGGAUGUCGCCAAUGGUGCUACCUUGGUUCUCAUUGGCAGUGUGCGGGACGACAGCGACUCCAAGCGUGUGUAUCAGCUGCGCUUGUUGGUCAACGAGUUACACAUCAAGGACCGGGUCGAGUUCCAUCUUGACGCUCCUUGGCCCCGAAUCCUCGAGUGGCUUCGGAAGGCAUCUGUCGGAGUCAACGGCAUGUGGAAUGAGCACUUUGGUAUCGGUGUUGUCGAGUAUCAGGCUGCCGGACUCAUUUCUGUUGUGCAUGACAGUGGCGGACCCAAAUUAGACAUUGUUACCGAGAUCGACGGAGAGCCUACAGGUUUUCAUGCUACAACGUCCACAGAGUUCGCUGAGGGCUUCCGCAAGGCUCUAUCGCAUCCUAACCCUAUUGCAAUAAGGCAACGCGCCCGCAAGUCUGCAAAAAGAUUUACCGAAGAAGAGUUUGCUAAGAAGUGGGUUGACCAAAUGGAGAAGCUGGUUGCACUAUGUUGAGAUUUGGGUGCUAUCUCAUGUAUUCCUCCUGUUUUCUUUUUUUUUUCUUUUUUUUUUUUUUCUAAUUAACAUGCCUAACCAUUUCAUAUGAGCUUUGGCACGAG